AACCAGCAACAGAUCGAUGAAUUAUAAAAGAAACACUGUCAUUCUCGAUGAAAAUUGAUAGUAAUAUUCACAGAAAUAUGAGACUUAGUCAUUGUCCAUAUCGAUUCAGAACUUAUGAUUAUUCUGAGAACUGCCUAACAUAUGGUUGUCACUUACAAUUAAAUCUUACCGUUCGAUUUCGAUACUCGAGAACUUAUUCAAAUAAAAAUCAAUUUAUCACUAAAGAUGAAAUAAAACAUUGGACAAUUAUAUAAAUGAAGACUACCAGUGAAUAUUUUUAGCGUAUUGCAAUGAGAUAGGUCAUGAUAGAGAGAUAAAAAAGAUCCGAUAGAAUAAAUGAAAAGAAAACUAUCCAUAGUCUAAUAAAAAUUAACUGUAACUUGAAAAUGACUAGAACUUUUCAUGUACUAACUAAUUUUAAGGAGUCAAUAUAAAAAUGGUGAAAAUUGAUUGAUUAGUCAUCAAAAAUAAGUGUAAACAGAUAUGUGUUUAAAAUCGAUUUGUAUUAAACAAUGAUUAAUGCGUUCUUGAUGACUUAUCAAAUCAUUUUUGGUGUAUACAUAUUGAAGUGUGUAAAUGCCUUUUUUUGUCUUUACAGUAUCUACCGUCUUAGUCAUGCAGAAUCUGAUGAUGUUGUUAGUAUACUAUUGCAAGAGAGAAUCUAUACCAUCUUUUAGGUUACACAACGUUCCAUGUUCGGAAGCAAGUUACGAUUCUCGGACUGAAUUCAUUUGUGAUUAGAACUGAAAUAUUUGUUUCAAAUGUCAUCUUUACAUAGCCAAGGUUCUAUAGGUAUCAAGUACAACAAUAAAGCUCUUUGCAUAGUUGAAGUCUAAAAAAAAUUCAUCCUGACAUGUUAACUUGUUCAUCUCAAAAUUUAUCGAUAGCAAACAGAUAUUCAGAAUCAGAAAGGAGUUUUCAUUUCUUUGCGUGUCUAUCCUAAUAGCUUAGACAAAUCAUGUGAAAAUUUAGUUUGAAAAUUAGAAUGCCAGGAUUUCAUCUUAUUGACAAAGUUCACUGGAAAAUUAUGAUUUGGUUGAACAUGGAGUUCGAUAAUCAACAAAAUUUCAUCAUGUUCAUGACUUCUAAAUCAAAAAUAUAAUUAUGGUAUUUAAUUCAUCAAAAUGUUCAUUUCUUCAUUGUCAUGUAAUUUCUUUUAAUUUUUUGCACUGAUGAGAUGAUUAAUUUGCAUUUACUCUCUAUGAGACAUUAGCGUAAGCAUAGUCAUCUGUUCAACAAGCGCAAACUAUACGUACAUGAAAUCGUAUGAAAUUUGAUCAUUAUCGCAAACAUAGUCACAUAUCAUAUUAUAUCUUAUAAACAUAAUUUUAUUGAAUUGGCCUAUUGAUAAUUGGAAUGAAAAUGAAUUGAAAUGGUUGAACAUGGUAAAAAGAAAAAGACCUAUUCCAUUCAUUUCAUUUCUGAUUUUAAUGAAGUUAAACAAUUUUUUUUUGACUUGUUUGUUUUAUAUGAAGCUCUAUAUUCCAAUUACACUUUAUACAUUCUAUACUAUUUAUAUAGAUCAGGUGACAGACAAAGUAAUUCAAUCACAAAUUUUAGAGGAAGAUUAUGUAACUAGCGAAUAGGUAUCGAUAUCUACUCAAAAUAAGAAUUGUAUUUUGACUUUUACGAAAACAAUCAUAUGUCAAUAGAUAUUUUUUAUAAAUCUAUGACUCUCUUUAAUGAGAAGAGUUUAGACUCAGUGUCGUCACUCAUUAGAAUCAUUGGACGUCGAGUUUGAAAUACAUCUAUAUCACUGGUUUUGGGGAACUUACAUAUUUUUAAAGAAAAUAGUGAGUGUAAGUUUUAAGUCGAAUUUUUGCGGCUUCCCUUCCCUCCCUCUACCGUCAUCUCUAUUACAGACAACUCCUCAUUACGGAUCUUAGCAAUUGAGGAUAACAGGGGUCAGACUUUCUAUAGUUUUUUUGCAAAGUUGAUGAAGUUAUAAUUUUGAAAGAUAAUCAACAUCAUUGUUUCUAAGUUACUUAACAUAUAUAUAUAUGAUAGUGCAUAAGAUCUGCUAUAGAUAUAAUGGAUAUGUAAAACAAAUGUAUUUACCAAUUAAUUCAAUGAUUAUAAUAAUAAGAAUGUUAAAUUUAGAAAAAACGAAUUUAAAAAAUGGAUAAUAAGGAAUGAAUAGUAACAAUGCAAAAUAAAAAAUAGGGUGCCCGUAGAAAAAGAAAGUUUCUGAUCGAAAUGCAGAAAUUAGAAACACUCUUACUCUGAUGUUCGAUUAUCCUACAAAAUAACUAUAGUCUACAAAAGAUUUUUCACUUUACAUAUUUUAUAUUAGUUUAAUGAGGCUAGAGAACAUAUGUGAGUUUCACAUUUCAGCCCCAAAGGGGCUACGCUAACAAGCUUCCUAUAUUAUCAAUAUCAGUAUAGAAAACUAAGAAUAAAAAUAUAUGUUCCAGCGUAUAGUAGAGGAUAAUAGAGAAAAAUUUAAUUUUUCAUCUUGUGAUAGUUUUAGAAAAAUUUGGACAUCGAUAUUUUUUCUGUCGAAAUAUUUUGUGAAGAAAAACGUUCUCUACUAUGUGAAAAUUUCCGAGAUACAACUGUACCUUGACUAAUCUAUUAUACAAAGCAUUUGUGAAGUCAAAAAUGAUUUUACGAUUACAAUAAUAGAAAACAUCGACUUUCAUAACACAACAUUGUGUAUUUUGUACAUUUCUCUAUAACAGAAGCUAUUGAAUCAGCAAUUCUCAAAUAAGUAAAAGAACAUGAUAGAUCACACAGAAUCAAAUAAGAGCAGACAAGACUUGGAUUAUGUAAUGCUAUAACUUUCUUUUGUUUAUGAAUCCUAUUUAGUCAGAUAAAAUCAGAUCAGAGUCCUUUACUCUGUUCUUAUAUAUUUCUUAAUCUCAGAAUCUAAUAAGAUUUCCAAUGACAUCUUUUAUUCUGAAUCUGACAAAAUCUUUAAAAAAUGCAUCUAUUUUCACUGUCUCUUUUUUCUUUCCCGUCUACUUUACAUCUCAUGCAUAUCUCUUCUCUCUUGCAUUCUUUUUGUGCAUGGCAUCGCAUCUACUCUAUUUUCAAUAUUGUUGUCCAGAAUCUUCGAGAAGAUUAUUAUUGUCUCGAGAUUUCUAUUAUAUAUAUCCGCCCUUGUGCCUAUGAUAUCCAUUAUGUUCAGAAGAAUUCAGUGAAAACCCUCCCAGAAUCGGUUUGUGAUGAGCACUUUGUUCAGAGAAUUUUUUGUAUUUACUGUUCUAAAUAAAGGAAAACUAUAAUUCUAAUAAUUACUUUACAAGACUGAAGAGGAAAACAAUCUAAUUUGGGCAAGAAUACCAGUCCAGCAAUCAAAAUCAUAGAAAUAUGAAUACAUAUUAUCAUAUUAUCUCCAAAAAUUAGCUUGGGCAUCCGAGGGUUAAAUACACAUAAGUUUUUGGACAUAAGUGAAUCUACGAUUGAUAUCAAAUAGUAGCACAUUAAUUUAUUGCUUUAUAAACUUUCUCAUAAAAUUCAAAGAUAGGCACCUCCAUUCUGUACUGUUCCUACUGCAUUUUCACUCUGAUAUCAACCAUUUCAAAAUGCUUACUCUUCAGAUCCUCCUGAACAUACCCAUAACAUGCGAGCUUACAUAAGACUUCUCAGAACAAGUACUACAUAAGGAUUAUAGCAUGAUCCUCAUAGAAGAUACUCAUUAUUUUUAGAUUUUCAAAGCCUAUAAAAUCCAUAAAUCCCAAUGUUUGUUACUGGAGAGCUCCGCUAGAAUUGGCAUCCAUCUUUUCAACAUUUGUAAAAGAAGAAGUCCCCUCAGAUUAAAUAGAUUCGCAUGGAAUCCUCUCAACUUUGUUCAAUUUCGCCUGUAUCCAAACCUUCUCAUGAUCUUACUCAGAGUACAUCACGGUUGUUCUUCGAACAGCUUCAUAUAACUUAUCAAAAGUCUAUGCAAAUACUUAGGAGAUUCUUCGGCAGAUCUACAUUCAUCAUACAGAAAAUCAUGUAUCCUUAAGGUUUCCUAAAAAACAGAGAUUAGAUUUGAUAUUUUGUUGUUCAACGAUUCGAUAUUUUUCUCACAAGAUACAGAUAGAAUCUUCUCUGAUGUUCAUAUAAAUGAUCAUUCUGCCAAAAAGAUUCCGAAUUCUUGUAAUUCUGAAAAAAAUCCUCAGAUCUCUAUGUUUUUCUAUGAAAAACUUACAUGGAAUUAGUAUUACUCUUUCUUGGAGAACCUCCUUACAGCAAUCUCAAGGUGUUAUUUUUAUGAUCGAAAAGAUCUUGGCAAGAACUAGAAGUAACAUAGAUGUAAGAAUCGUUACCAAAUCCUUUUUUUCUCAUAAGAAACUAGGAAAAGACUUCUGAAUUUUUAUCUGUGGAAUGAGCAUUCUCAAAGAUAAAUGUCGUAUUUGUAGCGCUUGCUUCCACGAGAGACGGAAUCCCUUCGACAACGACGAUAUCUUUUUUUUUUGUUCAUUGUAGUAAUUCCUAAUAUUCCAGUCGAUGUCCGAUGGAAACAGAAUGGAGUCACUGUUGCUGGAGGUCAUGGAAAAGGCAGUGCCACUCAUCAACUCAACGGACCUGAAGGUCUCUUCGUUGAUGAUGAUCAAACGAUAGUCAUCGCUGACUGCUACAAUCAUCGUAUCAUCCAAUGGAAGAUGGGUGAUACGAAUGGACAAGUUGUAGCUGGUGGCAAUGGCGAAGGAAAUCGAUUGGAUCAAUUGUAUCAUCCAACCGAUGUGUUGAUUGACAAAGAGACGGAUAGUCUCAUUAUUUGUGAUUACGUGAGUCGACGAGUCGUACGAUGGUCUCGUCGUAGUGGUACAACUCAAGGAGAAAUCCUCAUUGACAACAUCCGUUGUUGGGGAUUGGCCAUGGAUGAUCAGAGAUAUCUCUACAUCUCUGACACCGACAAAUAUGAAGUAAGACGAUAUCAAAUAGGAGACAAGAAUGGAACUCUUGUGGCUGGUGGCUGGUGGCAAUGGCGAAGGUGCUGGUCUCAAUCAACUCAACUAUCCGACCUACCUCUUUGUCGAUCAACAACAGACUGUCUACGUGUCAGACAACAACAAUCAUCGUGUAAUGAAAUGGAAUAA